AUGUUCUUUCUAAGACAAUUUUGGGAGCUUGUCCAUUACAUCAUAAAUGAGAUCAAGAGUGGACCCUGCAGUCUGGAGCCAUCAGCUCCAUCAAGGGUAUUCUGCAAGUUGUCCUCUGCUGCUGUUGGAAAUGGGAAUGAAGUUAAGUGGUCUGAAAAACUUGAGUCACUCACAUUUCUCAGCUCUGGGGGUCAUUUACCAGUUCACUGUAGAAGAAAUAAUCAGGUAAGUAGAAGUUCAUUUCCAGAGAAGGUAAAUCCCACUUACCAUCUCUGCAUGAUUUCAGUGGGAAUUGAUUAUCACUAA